AUGAUGGCUUCUUGGCAACCAGUAAGCAAUAUUAAAGACUUCAUGUCCCAGAACCCACCGGCUGUGACAUUUUUCCUGUGUCUCCUGACACUGGCAAUCUCGUUCAUCUGCCUCGGAUCAUAUAGCAUUAAUCACACACUGCCCAAUCCUGACACAACAAAAGACUGGAACCAUCUCCUUUCUACCUUAGCACAUUUCCACCUGUGUGCAAGAAAAAACUGGAGUUCAGAUGUGCCAGUGUCCCGAGGCCCACCUUCUCUUACAGAACAGGGAACAGAUGGAACUAUUUCACCUGAUUUAACGUCACAUACGACCACUUUGCAUCUUGCGGUUCCUCUCGCUAUCACAACAAACCACGACCUUCCGAAAAAUGUUGACCUUUUUACAACCUUCACAGCCAGUCAGUUGCAUCUUGAGGGUAAUGAGAUUGUGAAUGUAGACAUCCACUCUGUAAAUGAUACCUACAGCUGCCUGACUAUAAGAGCGCCAAUAGCACUUUUUCCAAUGAGUCGACUUCCCCCAGUGUGUCAUGCACCUGGCAACAACCGUUCACUUGUCCACGUGGAGGCAACUGACCCACAACUUCCAGCAUCCCAAGCCUGCUAUAGUCUUGUCUUCAGAAAUGACCCCACUCUUACUGUCAUGCUGACAAAGGAGGAGCAAUGGGUGGCAGUGAGACAUCUAAUAGAAGUUAGUGUAUGUUUGAUAGGAGUUUGUUUAAUACUUUGCUUAGCCGCAAGCCUGACACAUUCAAUGAUUCAGAACUACCACAGGAAGGGACUGGAUCUUCAAAAUGCACUGGUGAGGUGGGCUGUGGUCUGGAAGAAGGGUGUUUUUGGGCGUUGUUUAGGGUCAUUGUCUGUUGGAGAGGAGAAUUUAGGCGUUACUGUUGUCAGAGCAACGAGAGUUAAGGAUUUGGUCAUCCUCAGCGCCACACAAGAUGUCCCACCAUUUGUUCCGGACUGUCCAGAGGAGCUGACUGCGGGCUUUGGUGGUGUAGACGUGGGCUUGUCGAGGUUUUGCCUGUCACCUGCUUGUCAGCGUCAAUCUUGCUCAGACUUGAACUAUUGGAGUAACAAUCUGGUCAUCGAGAGGCUAGUGGAGUAA